AUUGGGUACCGAACCAAGUUCACGCAUCUCUUUGUCUCUCUCUCUUUCUAUCCCCAUUUCUUUCCUCCUCCGUAUAUAAGCCCCUUCACUCCUGCAACUCGAUUUAUUGUCUCUCGUCCGCUCUCAAAGCCAACCCCUUUACUCAAUCUCUCUCUCUUUUUCUUUGAAGCUCCCUCUUCGUGAUCUUAAUUAUUAUGGAAGCAGUGAACAUGUGCUCUACUUCUUCUUCAGAUUCUUCCUCUUCGGAGUCUUCUUUCAAUGGAAAUAAAACACCAAGAAGCACCAAUAAAUCUGAAAGAAUUAAAGGACCAUGGAGUGCAGAGGAAGACAGGAUUUUGACCAGGCUUGUUGAGCAACAUGGACCAAGAAACUGGUCCUUAAUAAGCCGUUACAUAAAGGGUCGGUCUGGAAAAUCAUGCAGGCUUAGGUGGUGCAAUCAGUUAAGCCCAAAUGUGCAGCACCGUCCGUUUUCUCCAGUUGAAGAUGAAACAAUCCUGGCUGCUCAUGCCAGGUUUGGUAAUCGAUGGGCCACCAUUGCCAGGUUGCUGCCAGGUCGGACCGACAACGCGGUCAAGAACCAUUGGAACUCCACGUUGAAAAGAAGGGCAAGAGAACGCCAGAGUCAGAUGAAUUUGGAAGGUAAUUUUGAUAGUAACUAUGGUAACAACAACAAUGAAGGCAUUGCCAUUGAUAUCAAUGUAGCUUCAGGAUCUAUGCCGGAUGGCAUAAUGAGAGAAGAGGAGGAUGCGUUGACCACGCUGACUCUCGCACCGCCAGGGAUUGGUGGUGGAGUCAGUGGUAAUAGUGGUGGAAUGGUGGCGGAGAGGAGGCCAGAGAGUUUGCCUGCUGGAUUUUGGGAUGUGAUGAGGGAUGUUAUUGCAAGGGAAGUAAGGGACUAUGUGAGCUCUACCUUGUCCGAGAGUAGCUCAGGAUUUCAUUAGUUGGGACUAAAUUAGAGAAGAGGGGAUCGAAGCAAUGCCUGGUGUUGUUAAUUUGAUUAAUUCGGUGGUGUUAACAUUUAAUAUGAUCAUUAUGUUAAUUUUUUUUUCUUAA